GAUCGUGGCCCCGCUGUUUGCGGGGUGUGUCACCGGCCUCGGGGCGCUGGUGCUCGCAGCUGCCGUCGCCCUGAUCUGGUUCGAAGUUGCCGUGCGGGCGAGGGGCCAGGAGAGCGACCUGGUGUGUGCCGUGCUCUUGGCGGGAGCCGCGCAGCUGGGCGACAGGAUCGCCGUCAUGACUGCCCAGGACGGCUUCGCCGAGGGCCUGAUGAUUGACAAGGCGGCGACGUGUCUGUGGCAGGGCAUCAGCCGCACGUGCGCCGUCCGCUUCGACCAGCAGAGUGAUCGCCGAUGUUGUUUUGAGGACAUGGACGCCGACAGUUUGGAGGUCAGCCUCGUGGGGGGCUUCCCCGUCCGCGGCCUUCGCCACACUCUCUGGACGAUCAAGUUCACGCAGGACCAUAGCGGGGCCGUUUUAGCGGCUCCCAGGCAGUGGGUGCAUGUCACUCGUGCGCCGCCCUGCCAUAGGUCGGUGUACGAACAUGGCGCGAGGUCUCGGGUCUUCGACGCAGUGCUCACGAUCGAUCAGGAGAAUGAUCCAGCUUCUUUGUCGAUGGACUGUGCCCGCUGGCGCCUCGCUCUCAUCAAGGAGGAAGUACGCUUGUGCCCGAGUGCGCCCGCCUACUUUUACCGAGGACAGCUUCACAG